AUGUGGACUCUCUGGGCCGUGGCCGUCCUGUGGGCCAUCAAGGCAGGAGCCCUCGACGUGCUGCAAGUCCCCUCAGGGGUGGGAAACCUUCCUGUCAGACAAGUCGAUGUGCCCAAUCUGUCCCUUCCCCUUGUCAGUGGGCCACGCCAGCAGGUCCUCAGAAAUUCCUCAGUGCAGAGGAGCCCUCUUCCCAGAAAGCCCCGGGCCUCGAGCACGAAGGGCAGGUGCAAACCCGCCGUCAAGUACUUCCUGUCCAGCAGCAAACUCGAUGACUACCUGAACGCCACCCUGCCCCCGCAGAUAGAGCAGCUGCUGAAGUGCAAGGAAGUGGACGUGGCCGGCAUUCUCGGGGAAGUGCUGUCCAUGGUGGGCAAGUCCGGCCUGCCCUCGCUGUUGGAUCUCACUUCCUUGCUAGAUAUAGGAGGAGAUGGUGGCCUUGGAGGGAUCCUCAGCCAAGGAAGCAGCGGCAGUCCCCUGGACUCGCUCUCUAAGGCCACUGGCGCCGUCGGCAACCUGCUACCACUGGGUCAGGAGGCUCUGGGUGGCCUCCUCCCCAGCAGUGCAGACAGGAAUGGCGGAAGAGGACUCCUGGACAGCACCGGUUUGUCUAGUCUCCAGGAGCCCCUGAGCGACGUGAUGGAGAAAGCUAACGGCCUCAAGGAAUCUGCCCAGGACGUGGUGAAGGGUGCCCUGCCGCCAGGAGUCAAUGACGCAGUCUCGGGCCUGCUGGGAAACAUCGACCUGGAGGAGCUCUUGCUGGGAUUAGAGGUCCAAGAAGUGAUUGUGAAGAGCAUGGAUUCAUCUGUGGCAGGCAAUGAGAUCCACGUCGAUGCUACCACCACUGCCACCAUAGGUGGAAAAGGCCUAGCUGGACCCGUAAUCAACAUACUGGGAUUUCAAGUGCAGGCAGAUGUGACUCUGAAGAUUGCUAUUUCUGCCAACAACACCCAAUGUGUCGACCUCGAGGUCCAGGAAACACAUAUCAAUGCCAACGAAGUGACCCUUCUGAUAGUUAAGACGGUCACAGAGACUUUGCCUUUGCCUGCCCCUGUGCCUUUGCCCUUGAGUGAACUUAUCCCUCAGCUGUUGACAGUGGAGUUGAAUAAAAAGGUGCAGGAAACAGACUCCUGUGACAUUGUUCUCAGCGACUUCAACGACUGCAAGAACUCUACUGGCUUGUUCAAGUUCCAAGUUAAAAGCUCCAGAAUUUCCCCACAAGGCCUUUCAAUCUUCUACUGCGCUGAAGCUGCCUUUGGCAAAAAUACAGUCCCUGUCCUUGGAGGUGUUCUCCCUCCAAAUCCUAAGAAUGCCAACAUUUCCAUGACUCUGUCCCACAUGAUGCUCAAGACAAUCAUCAAGUACGUUGCCAAGCUGAGCUCUGUCAAGGCAGACGACCUGGAGGCGAGCAUCACCAAGAUAACCUACGCCUUCCAGCCGGAAAGUACCAUCCGAGCCACCUACUGGACUGACAUCAGAAAGGACGAGGAGAGCUACGCUACCGGGAAAACGACCUUGGUCAUCUCCCAUGAGUGCAAGAUUUCAAGAGACAAACUGAUCGCCGACAUCAAACUUAGAGGAUCUGACCACAGUGUGAACCCCCCUGAUGCCAGUGACGAGGUGCAAGACUUGCUGUCUGCAGUUCUGAAGAAGUUCCUGUCUACUGUUAGCGAAUGGUUUAAACAAUGGAAUGUACCACCGGGAGUGAGCUCACAGCCCAUGGUCGAUGCCAAGGUUAUCGUGAUUAAAUCGGUAGAACUGCUGUUUGCUCCUUUCAGUCACCUUACACUUCCUAAGAAUCCAUGA